AAACUUCGAUCUCUCCGUUUCUCUCUCUCUCUCUCUCUCUCUCGACAACUGUACGGCCUCCGAUCGAUUCCUCACCGGCGCAAAAGAUCAAUCGGCGAGCUGCUCAUCCAUCCAUUUCCUCUCUCUCUCAUUCUCUCUUUGCUUCGUGAGCGGCGGCUACCAGAUGUCUGGCUCCUGCGAGACGAACGACGACUCGCCGAUCGCCGGUGGAGGCUCCGGCUCCGGUGAGAUCAUGCUGUUCGGGGUGAGGCUCGUGGUGGACUCGAUGAGGAAGAGCGUGAGUCUGAGCAACCUGUCUCAGUACGUGCACCCGCAGGACCUCAAUUCCAGCAGUAACGGCGGCAGUGGCAGCAACGGCGCUGGUGUUGCUAACAAGGAGGAUGCUUCUGCUGCUACUGCUGCAGCGGUCGCCGGUUAUGCAUCCUCCGAUGACGUCGUUCACAACUCCUCUUCUAGCGGCCGUGAGCGCAAGCGAGGAGUUCCAUGGACGGAGGAAGAGCAUAGGCUAUUCCUUCUGGGAUUGGAGAGAGUGGGGAAGGGAGAUUGGAGAGGAAUCUCUAGAAACUUCGUCAAGACUCGCACACCAACUCAGGUUGCCAGUCACGCUCAGAAAUACUUUCUGCGGCGGAGCAAUCUCAAUCGCCGCCGUCGCCGAUCUAGCCUCUUCGACAUCACCAAUGAAACAGUCACUGCAAACCCGACGGAGAAAACUCCGGUUUCUCAUCAAGACAACGUUACUCCAGCACUUCCUGUGCAACCAGCAACACCUACUUUGGAAGCAUGCAGUGGCAGUGGGUUUCCUAUGGUGUCUGCAACCCCUUUCACAGUACCUGUGGUCUUGCCGAUCUCACUGGAGAAUCCAGCGGGUAACCUAGCCCUCAGGCAGGCCAUCAAAGUUGAGGACUCCACAUCAAACCUUAUCCGGCCAGUCCCAGCUGUCCCGGCCCCUCAAGCUUCCAUAGGAUCUGAUCUCAGCUUGAGCUUGAAGACCUUGACAGAGACACCAGCAUCCCUCUCCCUAAACCUCUCCCUCCAGUCCGGGCAGAGAGACUCAGCAUUCCACGCCAUGUCGAGCUUCAGCAAUGGGGAGAACAUUAUCAGCGUUGCCUAAAAAUGAAACAAAAAGAAGGGGUGGAAGCCGAAAAAAGGGGUUGCGUCGUGCUUAGGUUAAUCGGGUAAGAUAAGAAGGGGAAGGAGAUUAGGUAUCUAAUUUGUGUGUGAAGAAAUUUGCUGUACAGCCCAUGGGACAAAGGAACUGCUAUUGUCUUUUUCUUCUUGCUGUUUGGUGCGGCCCUCUGUUAUCGUCCAUCCGUCCUCAGAUCCCUUUGUUUCAUUUGUCUGUCUGUCCGUCUGUCUGUCUCUGUCCGUCUUUGUAGCUAUGAAAGUGACACCAACAAUAACCUUAAUUCUCUCUC